UAAGGCACUCUCCUGCGUCGCUCAAGUCUCAACUCAACCACGCACUGAAAACUCCUCGAUCGACCAGGAGUCCACCGCUCAGGAGGAGGAGGUAGCCAGCAUGUCGACGGAUGCAGGGAAGAAGGCGUAUGUUGUUGCCAUGGUGAUCCAGGUGAUCUACACCGGCAUGUACGUUGUCUCCAAGGCGGCCUUCGAUGGUGGCAUGAACACCUUCGUCUUCAUCUUCUACCGCCAGGCAGCCGCUACUCUUCUCUUGCUACCCCUCGCCAUCCUCCUCGAGAGGAGAAACGCGCCACCCAUGUCACUGUGGCUGUUCACCAAGAUCUUCAUGUACGCUCUGCUCGGGAACACGGUGAGCAUGAACCUGCACAACAUCAGCCUCAAGUACACCUCGGCGACCGUGGCAUCAGCCACGAGCAACUCCAUCCCCGUCAUCACCUUCCUCUUCGCCGUCCUCCUCCACCUCGAAGCCAUCAAGUUCCGCGCCGCUUCGGGCACGGCGAAGCUCGCCGGCGUCGCGCUCUGCGUCGCCGGCAUCCUCGUCAUCGCCCUCUACGCCGGCCCGCCGCUCAGCCCCCUCAACCACCACCGCGCCUUCCACGCGCGCGCCGCCUCCACGGCCGGCGGGAAGCAGGGGCAGUGGAUGAAAGGCACGUUCCUGAUGCUCCUGGCCAACGUGACGUGGUCCCUCUGGAUCGUCCUCCAGGCGCGCCUCCUCAAGGAGUACCCCAACAAGCUGCUGGCCACGGCGCUGCAGUGCCUGCUCAGCACGGUGCAGUCGCUGGCGCUGGCUGCGGCCGUGACCGCCGGCAGCGGGGAGGACAUGUCGGCCGCGUGGAGGCUGCGGCUGGACGUGGGGCUCGUCGCCGUCGCCUACUCCGGGUUCGUGGUGACGGGGGUGUCCUUCUACCUCCAGGCGUGGUGCAUCGAGAGGCGAGGCCCCGUGUUCUUGGCCAUGUCUAACCCGGUGGGGCUCGUGCUCACCGUGUUCUGCUCCUCGUUCUUCCUCGGCGAGGUCGUCCACCUCGGCAGCGUCCUCGGCGGGGCGCUGCUGGUCGCCGGGCUGUACAGCGUGCUCUGGGGGAAGAGCAAGGAGCAGCCGGCGCCGCCGCCGCUUAGUGCAGGUCCUGCAUCAGCAACCACCCUGAAACAAGGAUACGUUGGUAGCAAUGUUCACACUGGCGCCAUGAACAAGGAAGAGGACGAUGCGGCAAAACUAGAGGAGAAGAGAACCAAGCUGGAUUCACAGGUGUAGCUGGAUACAGCAGCCAUGCAUGCAUCCUGCAGGGCAGGUUUGGCCACGAGGAGCUGUUUCGUUUCACAGAGACUCUCGAAUGAGUUGUUUCGUUUGACAGAGACUCUCGAAUGAAAUGCAUAAUGUUACUAGUUCAGUCAUCUAAGUUUAGCAUUUUUCUCAUCUAAUGAUCGUGUGCAUCACUUGAUGCAGAGGCCAUAAAGGCCGGAGGUUAUCCUCCUUCUUGAAAAGAACUCAUAUAAUCAAACAUAGCACUAGGAAA